AGGCAGUAUGAGGGCAGCUCGUUAAGUUUACGGAAGAGUAAAUGUUGCAGUGAAUUUGAUGGAUGAGAGAAAUACUGUUUGUUAUCGAUAGAGCUCGAAAUACAUUUUUUAAUAAGGUUUCAGAAAGGAAACGGAAUCAAGAUGCCGUUAUUUGGGCAAAAUCCUUUCGAUCAGGAUGUCGAAAAAGUAACUAAUGAAAACAACACAACAGAGGACUGGAGCCUCAUUAUGGAUAUUUGUGAUCGAGUUGGGACAACACCAAACGGUGCAAAGGAUUGUCUCAAGUCAAUCAUGAAGCGAGUCAACCACAAGGUUCCUCAUGUGGCUAUGCAAGCACUAACAUUGCUUGGUGCUUGUGUUGCAAACAGUGGAAAAAUCUUCCAUCUAGAAAUCUGUUCCAGAGAGUUUGCCAGCGAAGUACGAAGCAUUCUGAAUAAAUUGCACCCUAAAGUGAGCGAGAAGCUCAAAGGCCUGAUGGUGGAUUGGGCGGAAGAGUUCCAGAAAGAUCCACAACUCAGCCUCAUCAGUGCCACCAUCAAAUCUCUGAAGGAAGAAGGAGUGACGUUCCCAUCCACAUCCUCCAAGACUAGCAAGUCCAGCAGCACCACUGCCACCAACCGAGCACCUGACGAUGAUGACCUUGCCAAAGCCAUUGAGCUAUCUUUGCAAGAACAAAAGCAGCAAGCCGAAACUCGACCACUUUUUCUGACACCUGACCCUCCUUUCAAUACUAAUGGCGGUAAAGAAAGUCGUAAAGUGCGUGCUCUCUAUGACUUUGAAGCCGCUGAGGACAACGAACUCACCUUUAAGGCUGGGGAGGUUGUCCUUGUUCUGGAUGACAGUGAUCCAAACUGGUGGAAAGGAGAGAAUCAUAGAGGAGUAGGAUUGUUUCCAUCUAACUUUGUCACAACCAACCUAAACGCAGAUCCCGAACCAGUCACUUAUGUAGAAAACACACCAGUUCCUGAGGAGCCCACGGUAGAAGUUAAAGCAGAGCCAGAACCAGUGAAUAUUGAUGAGGAAAAGAUGGACAGAACUUUGUAUUUACUCCAGAACACAGACCCGGCUGACUCUAAACCUGACAGUUCUGAGCUGAUUACGUUGGAAGCUGAAUGUGCACAGAUGAAUCCACUGAUCGAUGAAAAAUUACAGGAGAUUGAUAGGAAGCACUCAGAGUUGUCUGAGCUGAAUGUGAAGGUGCUAGAAGCUCUGGAGCUCUAUAAUCAGUUAAUGAAUGAAGCUCCUCUGUACUCGGCAUACGCAAAGAUUCCGGCUUCUCAGGGGACGUAUCCAGCUGCUCCUCCUGCUGUAGCUAUGCAGGGUUAUCCAGGCCAACCUUCAGGGGCCUACAUGCCUGGUGGUGUCCCACAAGGCUACAGUCUGGGCUCAGACCAAGCUGCCCCCCUCUGCUCGCUGCCCCCCACAGUGAACUCUACAGCCCCCAGUCAACCAGCUCAGCCUCCCUACAUCAGUGGUUUGGCUGCACCAUAUAUGACCCAAGCUCCUAGCACUUAUCCACCACAGAUGGCUAUGGACAUGUCAGCCUAUCAGAACGCUAAUCCCGGUAUGCCUCCACCCUCUUAUCCAGUGGCACCUCCUGCCCAUCCAUCACCCCAGCAGCACCAGCAGACAGCUUAUUACCAGCAGCCCCUCCUAUAAAGCUGUGCAUAUCACUGUCAAUGAUGUCAAACUCUGAAAUCACCUGAUGUUAAGGAUGUACUGAUGUAGACAUCUGGCUCAGCAGCAACUCACUACUUAACCAUUUGAAAAAUGCAAUUAACAGGCUUUUGAAGUGUGCCGUCCACAAUUUCCCAUUUUUGAAGAUGUUUUAUUUAAAUGUACACUUUUUCUCCAUUUCUAUUAGUAAGAAUACACGCCAGCAUUCACCAGCAUGCUAGAUGUAUAACUGAAGAUGGCAUACUGAAGAUGGCAUACAUUCUCGGCCUGAGAUAGGAACAUUAUUUAUGGGGGAAAAGUUAAAGGAUUCUUUAAAAUUAGCCAUCUAUUUUUUUUUUUCGUUAAAAAUGGAGUCAUAAAGACACCAAAAGUAUUGGAAAGGUUCGUCAACUAAAUAAAUGAGUGCCAUGACAUUCAGCAGUUAAUAUCCAUGUUUACAUUACAUUUAAAACCACAUUUAAAGCAGAUAGGGACCAUCAAAAUAGUCUGCUGAAAUCAGAUUUGAUAAAGAUUGGAUUUGAACUGAAAGUGGGCACAAAUGCAAUCCCUUUAUGCUUUGUUUCUUUGUAGUAAUACUACUUUACAGUGAGAGUAAUAAUAAUAGCCUUUUCACUUUAGUUAGAAUUCUCUAAUUAAACCUCUGUAAAAUUAAAAUAAAAUCAUAAAUCAUGGUGAUGCUUUAAAAUGAAAUUAUGAAUGAUGCCUUAUAUGGCCUUGGUGAAAUGAUUCUUUUUUUUGUGUUAGAUACAUAGAUGUAAAAUAUAUUUUGGAGGACAACUGUAAUGCUUUGACCAAAUAAUCAUCAUUAUGUAAGAGUUAUGGAGCACUCUGGUGUUUCAUCAGUUUUCUUUAUUGCAAGAUUAAUCUCAGACUGAACUAAGUCUAAGAUUUUCAAAAUGAAAUUAGUUUAUUUCAAUUUAUCAUGUCAAAGAGAACUCGGCAAAACCAGUGUCCAGUUUGUAGUACGAUAUAGACAGGAGAAACAUGUUCACUUUAUUUUCUUAACCUACCGCAAAUGUUGUAUUGUAUAGUCAUUGUAAAAUAUUCAUCUUUUCUUUAUUGCACCUAUCUGUAUGAUAAUAUAGAUCACCUAUAUUAUCUGUACGAUAAUCAUUUACCAACAGAUGCCUUGUUCCGUCAGACGAUGGAAGUCAAAUAAGAGCAUGCAAUUUUUGGAAUUAUUUUCAGAUGCUGCUGUAUAACUGUAAAAAUCCUGUAUGUUUUAUGAGAUUUAAAUAUUUAGGUAAAUGUUCAUGUAUAAGCCUGUAUACUUCUGACAGACCCAAUGUUUUAUAACAUAACAGUCCCUUUGUGUCCUCAUUUUAAGAUUACUUUUGUAACACAGUAAAUUGUAAUAUCUUUCUCAAUAAA